GUCAGGUCAGCCACUGAUAAAGGUGGUGAAGAGAAGAGCAACUGUAGCUAGAGAGAUCAUGUUUUUGCCUAAGGGCAGUACAUUCAUUCGAUAAAAAAGAAGAUAAAAACAAUAAAAUUCGAACUCAUCAUCCUUUCAGAGCAAGGGUUCAAUAAGCACACUGCACGACUUUGAAUUAGUCGUCACCAUAGUAUCCUGAAGGUCAUCAAAGGCGGACGUUUUGGUGUGGAGAAGUUUGCGUAUGAUUUUGGAUUGCUUACAUACAUAGAAGGCUUACUGUUACCUUGACAGUUCAUACAGUCCUGACAUUUUAAAAGGAUAUCUUCACUUUUCUCACCCUACGAAGCGUCUUAUAUAGAUAUAUCGUACUGUCACGUCAAAUUAUAUAGUGGUCUUGGAAGUACAUCACUUCAGUAGUUUUGUGGCGGAGAUGGACUAGUUUGACCUGGAAAGUUCUUUACGUUUAGAAACACAGCUUUGAAGUCUACUUGGCGCAAUGGAUGACUUGACUAAACCAGCUGACUUCAAGUUUUCAGUUCAGGGUACUAGUAUCAGAAACUAUGGCACGCCAUCCAAAGAUAUUUGUUCAGUCAAUCGUCUUCCAAGGCAUACUGAUUCUCCCCUCCCUUACUAUAGAACAUCAAUCAGUUUGGGACCGUGUUUUAUGAAUUCAAUUCUACAGUGUUUAAGUAACACAGCUCCCCUAACAGAAUAUUGCUUAGAAGAUCGAUAUUUGAAAGAUAUCAAUAAGUCAAGUUCCAUGAAUGGUCUCUUGUUUCGAUCUUAUGCUGAUUUAAUGAAAGAACUCUGGGAUCCUGAUAUGGCUAAUUCAUCAACUAGUCCAAGCCGUUUCAAAAGUCAAAUUCAACGUUUCGCCCCGCGUUUUAUGGGAUAUGCUCAACAAGAUUCACAAGAAUUCUUACGUUAUGUAUUAGAAGGUCUUCAUAUGGAAGUGAAUCGUGUUCAAAAACGUCCUCAUCCUAUUAAACCAGAUUAUGAAGCUGAAGAUCGUCUUCCGGAUAGCGAAAAAGCCAGUUUAUAUUGGAAACGAUAUUUAUCCAUGGACAAUAGUGAAAUUGUGGAUCUAUUUGUUGGACAAUUAAUGAGUACACUUGAAUGCGCAGACUGUGCAUUUAAAUCGACUACAUUUGAUCCAUUUUGGGAUUUAAGUUUACCUAUACCAAAAAAACCUAAUGUCAACAUCCUGGACUGCUUGAAUUUAUUUACAUCUAAGGAAGAAUUGGAUGGUAAUGAAAGACCGAUCUGCAGUCGAUGCAAAACACGUAGAAGAUGUACAAAAAGUUUUUCUAUUCAAAAAUUCCCACAAAUUCUUGUACUUCAUUUAAAGCGUUUCUCUGGAGAACGUUUUCGCUCGAAAAUGUCAGUCAUGGUGGAUUAUCCAUUGAAAAACUUAGAUUUAAUUGGAUUCGCUACUCCAAGUUGUACACAAAAAUCAGCUUUAUACAAAUUGUAUGCUGUUUCUAAUCACAGUGGUAGUGUAUAUACUGGGCAUUAUACCGCAUGUUGUUUAAAUCCUUAUACAGGCAAUUGGUACUCCUACAAUGAUAGUCAUGUACAUGCUAUCUCAGAAAAUUCAGUUGUCUCGGCUGAAGGCUAUGUACUUUUCUACACACUUGUUCGAUAAUAUACACAUAUAUAUAUCCAACUUCUCUUAUUAUUACUAUUAAUUAUUCUACUACAUAUUGUUAAUAUUAUUCUUAAAAUUUAUUUUACAUUGUAAUUUUUUCAAUUGAAACCUCUUUGCACUCUUUGCUGUGUCCAGUCCACCUCUUGCUUCACUUAUCAAUCAAAUGGUGUUGUGUACACAUGUGAUAACGGUACUUUUAUAUAUACAUAUAUGAUAUACGCAUAUACACAGUAUAUAUAUAUAUAUAUAUAUAU